AUGGGUAGAGUCAUUCGCAACCAGCGCAAGGGCCGUGGCUCCAUCUUCACGGCCAACACGCACCACAACAAGAGCCCGGCUCAGUUCCGUAACCUCGACUACGCUGAGCGCCACGGUUAUCUCCGUGGUGUCGUCCGCGAGAUCGUCCACGAUGCCGGCAAGUCUGCCCUCACCCUUUCCUCUCGAAGACGCCCGAAUAUUCGACGAGGUCGUGGUGCUCCCCUCGCCAAGGUCGUCUUCCGUCACCCUUACAAGUACAAGCAGGUGACGGAGACAUUCAUCGCCAACGAGGGCAUGUACACUGGCCAGUUCGUCUACGCCGGAAAGCGCGCCGCCCUCACCGUCGGCAACAUCCUGCCCCUCGGUGAGAUGCCCGAGGGUACCGUCGUUACCAACGUCGAGGAGAAGAUUGGCGACCGUGGCGCUCUGGGCCGCACCUCUGGCAACUACGUCACCGUCAUCGGCCACAACCCCGAUGAGGGCAAGACCCGCAUCAAGCUCCCCUCUGGCGCCAAGAAGGUUGUUCACUCUGGCGCCCGUGGCAUGGUCGGCAUCGUCGCCGGCGGUGGUCGUACCGACAAGCCUCUCCUGAAGGCUUCGCGUGCCAAGCAUAAGUUCGCUGUCAAGCGCAACAGCUGGCCCAAGACCCGUGGUGUUGCCAUGAACCCCGUCGAUCACCCUCACGGUGGUGGUAACCACCAGCACAUUGGUAAGGCCUCUACCAUCUCCCGCGAGGCCGCCCAGGGACAGAAGGCCGGUCUUAUUGCCGCCAGGAGGACUGGUCUUCUCCGUGGUACUCAGAAGACAAAGGAAUAA